CCGGGCGAAGAUGGCGCUGUGUGCCCGCGGGCUCAGCCACUCGCACAGUGCGCGCCGCAGCCCCGCCAGCGGCCCGGCCGCCCCCGACUCUGCACCGGGACCCUGCGACGGAGACAGCAGCAUGGAGCCGGCCGGCCGGCCGCCGCACCGCAGCCUCGCAGAGCGGGCAUCGUUCCACCGACACCGGGCUGCUGCACGGGCUUUAUCCUGACUGAUUUCAAACAGUCAUCACUGCUGACAGGCUCUCCCUGGCAUUAUUUUGUUAUUUCUGUCGUGGAGGCUUCUCUCCCCUUUUUUUUUAUAUUUGAUUGCAAAAUUUAUAGCAGCGAUGUGGUCGUGUGCGCAUCUUCGCCUGAUGCUGAUUUCGGGACUGUGCCAUUCCUGCCUUGCCUUUAGCUCCCACUUCGACCCGGGUCACUGGACGUCGGGCCAGCGAGGCGACGGGACCCCCAUCAGUGAACUCACAUGGUCCUCUUCAUUGGCCGUGGUAGCAGUCUCCUUUUCUGGGCUCUUCACCUUCAUCUUCCUCAUGCUUGCCUGCCUCUGCUGUAAGAAAGGAGACAUCGGGUUUAAGGAGCCGACCUCUGCAGUCAAAAAUUACAGCCAAAAGGUAGGAAAGCUCAAAGAGUUUGAAAAUAACGAGGGUGAGGACUACACGGGAGAAAUCUCACCCCACACCACCUCCUCCUCGCAGAAUGGGCCUGAGGUGUACAUUCUGCCCCUCACGGAGGUGUCGCUACCUGUGUCGAGCCAGCCGUCCACAAGAUCAGGGCAGUUCCUUCACCAGACGGACCUAGGCCGUCAGAGUCUCCUAUACCUGAAGGAAGCGGGUGUCGGCUGGUUUGGAAAGGUGUUUCUUGGUGAGGUGAACAUCAGCCUGAAUUCCUGCCACGUGGUGGUGAAGGAGUUAAAAAUCGGGGCCAGCAUUCAGGAUCAGAUGCGGUUCCUGGAGGAAGCCCAGCCCUACAGGAGCCUGCAGCAUCCCAAUCUGCUCCAGUGCCUGGCUCAGUUCACGGAGGUGACGCCGUACUUGCUGGUCAUGGAGUUCUGUCAGCUGGGAGACUUGAAGGGUUACCUGCGAACCCACAACACUGCGGACGAAUUGGCCCCCGACCCCUCGACCCUGCAGAGAAUGGCGUGCGAGCUUACUUCAGGACUCCAGCACCUACACAAGCACAACUAUAUCCACAGUGACCUGGCGCUGCGUAACUGCUUGUUGUCGACGGACCUGACCGUGAAGAUCGGAGACUAUGGCCUGUCUCACAACAAGUACAAGAAAGAUUACUUGGUAACCCCUGACCAGCACUGGAUUCCACUGCGCUGGAUUGCACCCGAGCUCAUCGACGAAGUUCAUGGCAACCUGCUGGUGGUGCAUCAAACCAAGAUUAGUAAUAUCUGGUCCCUGGGCGUGACAUUAUGGGAGCUGUUCGAGUUCGGAAAGCAGCCCUACCACCAGUGUUCGGAUAAAGAGGUGCUCACCUAUGCCAUCAAAGAGCAGCAGCUGAAGCUACCGAAGCCAGUGCUGAACCUGCCACUGGUUGACCGAUGGUACGAAGUGAUGCAGUUUUGUUGGCUGCAGCCAGAGCAGAGACCCACGGCAGACGAGGUCCACCUACUCCUCAGUUACCUCUGCGCCAAGGCAUCCAGCGACGCAGAAGAAGAGUUUGAGAAGCGCUGGAACGCCAUGAAGCCCAGCGGUUCCAGCUCCACUCACAAGACCGAAGUUUCCUCCUUCCCCCUCCUGGAGCAGUUUGGGACGGACAGCUUCCACACUGAGGUGGACGACGUGCUGACCGUAACCGAGACCAGCCAGGGCCUGAACUUCGAGUACAAGUGGGACCACAAGCAGAUGGACAAUUUCCAGCCCUCUCCUGUGGGCCUGGCCCACAGCAGCAGCUCCCAGUAUCAGGAGAUCUACUUCCCCAGCAGCACCUCGGGGCGCCUCAGCCUCAGCGUGUCCCCCGUCUCCUCCAACUCUUUCUACGAGUCCAAGCAGCAGUGUAGCCUGCCGCAGAGCCUCCAGCCUCCAGGUGUGGUGCCAGUUAUCAGCGCGCACAGCCCGUCCGUGGCCGGGGAGUAUUACAUCCGGAUCGAGGAGCCCAGCGAGUGUAACAUGGACCUGGACUACACCAUGUGCAGCUACAGCCCCGACUAUGAACCGAGCCCGCAGGUGGAGUCGCCACCUUGGCAAGGCUCAUGCAGCGGGGAGACCACGGACAACAGCCCCACCAUAUCCUUGACCAUGGAGCCCCUUCUGGGUCAAGGUCCUCCGGCCACCCAGGACUCCUGGGGCAGCCAGCAAUAUUACAGCAGGAGUAAGAGCGAGGGAUACUAUGAGCACUUUGCAGCUGACGGCGCCAACCAGUACCUGCUGGCAGACUGCCCUGAAAGUGAGGACAACUGGAAAGCAGAAAAUUCGGGAGUGAGCGACGGCAUGGAUCCUCUGGGAAUGUCCCCGUUAGUGACCCCUUCCUUCGGGGAAUCCAGGUCUCUGCUCGCCCUUCCCUGCAACGAGAUGGAUGAAACAGCCGGGAUGUACCCGGAGAGCACAAGCUCACACUUGGAGGCUGGGCUGGACGGUGCUAGGACCCUUGCGAUGUCCAACCCCUGGCAAACAGACUUACCGUCAUUCAGAAUGGUCAGUACGUCGGUGGCAGAAGGAGAGAUCCACCUGGCCUCUGACAGAACCACAGAGGAAUUUUGCAGUGGGCUUGGAGUGGAUUUAGUGGAACAACCGUUGGAACAGGAGAGCAAAGUUUCCGGUUUAUUUGGUGGAAAGGUCCAAGCGGAGUUUUCAGAAAUCGAUCUGCCAAGACUGGGAACUAUGCCCCCUCUCUCGUUCUCUCACCCGUCCAAACCACUGACGGAGAAUGGGGAGUCCAACCUGAAGUCAGUGCACAGAGAGGAGGUAGCAGGCAUGAGACACUCCCUCUCGGAGUCUGAGCUGCAGGGAAGUGGGACCCUUUGCCCUGACAGAGUGCUCAUUUCAGGGAGUGAGGAGUUCGUGGACCCUUUGCUGGGGGUGAUCGUGAAGAACUGUGACGGUAGCCGGGAGCAGAGCGACCCGGGUGGGGCCCAGCCGCUCACGAGGCACGUGGAUAUCGGGAUCUCCACCCAUCAGCGAGAAGAGAAGAGUCACAGUCCAGACCAGCUGGAGGUUGAACUGGGGCACAAUCGUUUGGAAGUGCCGGUCCCUAAUGACGUCCACCAGGUGGAAAUUGCAGUAACGGACCUCAGCUCCAGUACCCUCUCCGAAACAUCUGACAGAAGUGACCAGCUCCUUCCCAGAGAUCCCGACAGCUCCCCCAUGAAGCCCACCUCCAGCAUGAGCUGCGCCGAAACGGACGUGUGCAGUGACGACGAUGACGAGGAGACGGACGUUACAUCGGGAAUAUUUACGGACUUGGCCCAGGACAGCGAAAACAACGACCUGGUGGUGACCCACAAGCCUCUCCAGAAGCUGGUGGGGACGCCCGAUUCACUGGAGUCGCUCGACAUCCCGUCCACGACCAGCUCCUGCGACAUGUCCAGUCCCACCUCGCACUAUGCCUCACUGCAGCCCAAGGCUGCCGACAGCGGUUACGACACUGAGAACUUCGAGUCCCCGGAAUUCGUUCUGAAGGAGCCCGUUGAGCAGAAGGAGCCCGAGGUCUUCAGUAAAGUAACCAAGUCCAACGGCGUUGCUGAGGUGAAGGGGGGCAGUGAGAUUGCGGAGGACUUCGAAGUGCCGUCCCUUGAGGAGAAGAACUCCUACAGGGAUUCUGCCUACUUCUCAGAUUAUGACACCGAGUCGGAAAGAUAUCAGACACUGGAUUUGGAGAAGGAUGGGAUUGACCUCAUUGGACUAAAUGGGGAGCAUCCAGCAAGCAUUUCUGUUCCACAGACACACCAGAUACCUUUGAGCUCCUCACAGCUCAGUUAUGCUGGCCUCGAGCCAGGGGAGGGUCAGCGAGGCACUGCUGGGCUGGUGGACAAAUGCAGUUUGAUUCAGAGUUUUCAGGACAGCCUUUCAGUAGAAUCCACAGACCCCAAGGAGGCCUCUGUUCUAGAUGAGAAGUCCACAGGCCCUAUUAUCAAUGAGCUGAACUGUUGCACAAGUACAGACCCAAAUGGGCAAGUGUUAUGCUUAUCUGUCCCAGAAAUGAACGAGAGGUUUCACCAUCAGGGCUCAGAAACUGGGAACGACACAGAGACAGUUAAGGCAGACUAUUUGGUUUGUAGACAGAUGUUUGAAGAGGGAGCAUGCUUCAGUUCAGAGAGCAAAGAUGGGUUACUACAAACUAGCUGUAGUUUGGAAAGUCUGGGCUUAAACAAGCAGGUGUCUUUACCCAAGAAGCAAUGCCUUCACAAACCUUCUGGCUGUAUCUUUGAUGGCACAGAAUUAAUACUGGAAGAACAGAUCUCUGAGCAAGGCAGUGAGACGGUUGGGCUUCAUUGCACAGACAUUGGGAUAAGGAAGUUCCAGCCCUAUUCUUUAAAUGUGGAAGAGAAACUGGAGAGUUGCAUUGUCCCCAAGAUCCAGUCGGUACAGCUGUCGUUGGAGCUGCCCUCCCUCACCCUCAACAAGGACCCUCGGCCGGCCUUCAUUGGCGAGGAAGGGGAUGAGGAAGAUGAAGAUGAGGACGAGAGCGAUGACUCGGACGAGGAACUUGGCAUCUACAACAUUCAGGAGCACAGUGAAGAGAGUGAGGAAGACACGCCCACCAUUCCCAUCGUCGUCACAGAGAGGGACGAUGGCAAGAACCUACGCAGCCUGUUGAAGUUACCUAACCUGAUGUGUGAGAACUUCUGCGAGGACCUGGACAGAAAGAAAAAGGCCGUCUCGUUCUACGAUGAUGUCACGGUCUAUCUUUUUGAUCAGGAGAGCCCAACAGGUGAACUAAGUGAGCAGAAUAUUCCGGAUGUUGACCCCACUCAUCAGCACCCGCCUCACCACUCACAAGAGAAGAGCUGCUGUGUUUCCGUGGCAACAGAGAGACAGAACCGAUCCAGUGAUUCUUCACACAGAGGCUUCGCUGAAGAAAGUGGAGGCUUUGAGUGGGAUGAUGACUUUCCGCUGGUGUCAGUGAAAUCGUCCCUGGCGGCUGAAGAAACGUUGUCACCCUCCGCAGCUGCCUGCAGCCCUGUUCCCACGGGGCCUGAGCAAGCCCAGGUGCAGCAGACACGCUUCUCGCGUUUCACCGUCUCUCCCGCCACCCUCUCAAGGUUCUCAAUUACACAAGUAUCGGAUUCAGACAUCGGAUCAGCUGGAGGCAGCGGUGAGCGGAGUGAAAGGGAAUGACUUGCAGGAUCAGACAGAAGUUUGUUUUACUGAUUGAAAUGGACAAGAUCUGACAGAAAUGGACCCGCACAUGAAUGUCUCGUUCGGUGACUUCUCUUAUUUGGAUUUGAUGGACAACUGGGCCGCCGUUUUCAGCCGCCAGCGCGCACGGACGCACCGUUUCCACACUUGGUGGUGACCAAGCUGCCCCUUGGCCCACCGCUCUCCUCCUUGUAGUUCGGAUCCCCCCCUUCCUGUUAGGCCGGACUUCCUCGAUCCCAAUGCCGUCGCUGCAGGUAAACCUGACUCCCCUGUCCUGAAGCAAAUGGGUCGGAUCACGUCGGAGAGGGGGAGGCAUCUCUGACCUGGAGGAUCCCGUACAGGUCACCAGCACCCUGGUGUAUAAAGUGCAGAGCAACUGUGAAGGUUUCCAGAGUAUAUGAACUGUAGACAGUUUGGCCUCCGUUUAUAUUGAACCACAUUUUGCAAAUAACACCAUCUGCUUCUCCUCGUCAAAUGCUCAGAAUCCUGCAGGAUGUGCUUGGGUGAUUCGUAUUUAUUAACCCCUUUCUUGCUCACAUCUCACAUCAACCAUGCUCAGAGUAUUCAGUCCACAGUAUUUAGUGUUCCGCCUCUUUGCAUUUGAUAUUGAAUAGUGUAGAGAGCCAGUUAAACUGUAGCCUCUAUGCUAUUUUUUGUAAAACCAGUCAGACUACUGAUGAAUAUAUUGUAAAUGUUGCCAAAGAGAUGUAAAAAUUGUGCAGCUCCGAGCGAUGUUAGUUGCUAUCUGUAUGGCUUUAAGCUAUUGUGUCACACUAUAAAUUUUUAGAAAGAUGCAAGCGAGCACUUUCUGCCCUCAUUACUCAACAGAUGCAACAUCUAUUCUAAAAAAGUGAUUAACUAGUUGCAUGACGUCAGUAAGCGGGGGUAACUUUUUAAAUGUUCCAGCUGUUAGUAUUCUGUUAACUGAUCAAUACGGGUCAUUACUGCGAUUCAAUGUUUUAUUUCCAUCUAGCUACCAGCAUGUGGCUUAAAUCACCAGACUAAUAAACUUUUUACGAUAUCUUA